AUGACCUCCGAUUUUAUCGCCUACUUGGCACUAUCCCUGUUGUGCGCCCUGAUCAACAUUGCUCCAGCGGUCUCACAUCUGAUCCAAGGUCAUUCUGGACCUGCCGCGUUUGGAAUCUGGGUGGUUAUCUUAAAUUUGUUGGGCUUCAUCAACGGAAUUGUGUGGAUGGACGAUGCGCAAGACAAAGCUCCGAUAUUUUGUGAUGUUUCUGCCAAGCUUACGAUGGUCGGUCCGUUAGGAUUACUCAUUGCGAAUUGUUGCAUUAUACGCUACCUGGCCAGAAUAGUCACUCCAAAUACGCUGGAAGAUAAUUCAACGGCCCGAGCUAGAAUAUGGACCGAUUAUGUGUUGUCUUUUGGGAUUCCAGCUGCUAUAGCUGUUCUGUCUGUCGUGUUCCAGGUUGCUCGUUAUGAAGUUGAACCGCUAGUUGGCUGUUCUAAUGUAUCGGUUUUAUCCUGGCCUACAAUCUUUAUUUUUAUAAUUUGGUCACCUAUCAUGUGUGGUAUCGCUUUCUACGUUCUCUACUGGUUGAUCCGCCAGCACAGCGAACUAUCCCAUUUAAUAGCCAGGUCUAGGACGCCCCUGAACAAAUCACGCUUCAUUCGUAUGUGCGCUUUGGCAGCUACAUAUCUAUGCAUAUCAGCUCCUUACACAAUCGCCGGGACUGUUACGAUUCUUAAUGAUAUUGGCCCCUUUGUUCCUUGGAAAUCAUGGGGGUACAUCCAUGAUGUCGAUAACAAGCUGUCAGACGUUCGCAAGAACUCUGCCUACCAACUCAACCUUCGGGAUUGGCUUUCGGUGACUGCUGGUCUAACAGUGUUCUUUUUUUUCUCUUUUGCCAAUGAGUCGAUUGCGGUAUAUGUGAAAGUUGCGCGCACCCUCCACCUGGACAAUUUGCUGCCAUCUCCAUCGGACUGGUUGCGGCGGGGAUCACAACCGUCUCAAUCGCUUUUGAGAAGAAUCGGUGUGCCAAAAAACUCACUGGAGUGCGUCAGCCGUAGUCGAUCUGUGAUCACUCCUAAAAAGCAAUCCCGCCUUUCCAAGCUUUCCGGUAGCCGCCAUACGGGCCUCGCUGAGGAUUUGCCCUGUCCUAAUUCCAUUAUUAUUUGUGUUGUCAAACACACCAACCCGGAUUUUUUUGAAGUGUAG